AUGCUGGUUGACAGCCAUGACAAGCUUGUACAACCACCUUCCAUUCUAGCCUCGCCUAAAAGUCGUCACCGCGGGGUUCCCUUUUUACCCAAUCCGGGUCAUCCUAGUAACGCCACACCUUCAUUGAGCAAGCUAGAAUCCCUUCCCGUCGAGAUAGUUGAUCAGAUACUGUCUUAUCUCAUCUACCCUCGCUGCCGCUUGCCAGGUCUCACCGAGGCUCAGAGCCGAUACGACGUUUCGGAACAACAGAAGCGGAGCAUCAAGAAUCAAGAAGAUCUUACCCAGACAGCGGACAGCCAUCGUUGGGCUGCCGACAUUUUUUCACUGCACUUACUCUCGCAUCCCUUCAAUUCUCUCUCGCUCACGUCCAGGCGGUGCAAUGAGUUCGUCGAAGGGUACUGCUCACAUCUCGUGCGGCAAUGCAACAUGUUCAAUCUACCAUUCGCCCAGCUGGACAUGUAUGGCAUUGUCUACCCAGAUCUAAGUCAUAUCGUAUAUCGAAGACUGUGGCUGCAGCGUGCUCCGCGGAGAUGUAUCUACUGCUCCGCAGUGUUAGACAAUUAUCCCUUUCCACUGGUCAAACGUGUCAUCACGGCUUGUGAAGGGUGCUUCUAUCGUCAGACCUUGACAGUAGACGAAGUACAGAUGCAAUACCACAUCUCCACUGCUACUGUUCUCUCCUCUCGAGACAUCAGAGGCAACCAUGGUUCAGUGUGGGUCUUACGUGUCGAUGUGGAAGAGUUGGCCCUGCAACUUUACCGUACUCGAGAAUUUCACAAUGCUCGUAAGGAGCAGUUCGGUAAGCCGUGCUCUCUCUGUGCCAUCACCAGAUUCAGACCAGAGCAUCACAUUGGCAAGCCACGGCCAGCCCAAAAGGCCGCAGUUCGCUUGAUUGCGAAGAAGCGCUCCACGAAGCGCCCAACUCGAUCUUGA